AUGAGAGGCGACAACCGCCGCCGCACGGGAGCCUCCAGCUCGGCCUCCAUUGCCUCGACGUCUACCAAGCGCGACCUUCAAGAAGAAUCCGCCAGCGCCUCCGACGAAUCGGGCGACGACGAGGAGGUCCCCUCGUCGUUGGCGUCGGAGAGCGACGGCGAGGAUGCGGAGCGGGAGCGGGAGCGGGAGCUGGAGCGCGCGCUCGCGGACGUGCCCUUCGGAGAGCUGCAGCGCGUGAGGGCCGACGGGUCGCUGGCGCGGGCCACCUCUGCGGCCAAAGCAGCCGCGGAGAAGAAGGCUCGCAGGGCUAGCAAGAAGAGGCCCAUGGAGAUAAGCACGAAAGUGCGGCCACCGAAAUUGAGGGAGGUGAUACAGAUUCCCAAGAAGGUUGGAAGGGAUCCAAGAUUUGAGCCCGUGCAUGGAUCUGUUGACAAAGAAGGGUUCAGGAAAAGAUACAAUUUCUUAUUUGAUGAAGACUUCCCUUCUGAAAAAGAUAGACUUCAAAAAAUGAUUAAGAAAUCUAAGGACCCAAAUGCCAUUGAAGAAAUGAAGAGUCGUGUCACAUGGAUUGAUAAGCAGUUAAAGUCUCAUCCUCAAAAGAACAUUCAAUCAGAAAUCUUGCGUGAGCAUAUCAAGAAAGAGAGGGAAGCAGCAAAGUCCGGAAAACGGCCGUACUAUCUGAAGAAAUCUGAACUUCGUGAAAGGAAGCUGAUGAACAAGUACAAUGAGCUCAAGGAGGCAGGAAAGCUUGAUGCCUUCAUCGAGAGGCGGCGUAGGAAGAAUGCUUCCAAAGAUCAUCGGUACAUGCCAUACCGACGGAAUGGAGAUGAUGCAUAA